ACUCCGCUGCAGCCUGAGAGGCAGAGCAGCAGAGAGUCGGGCCUCGGAUACAGAGAAAAACCCGCAGCGGACACUUUAGAAAAGUCUCCAAAGUGGAUCAAACGGACGCGGCGGCAGCGGGACGCAGGAGGAGCCGCGGCGGCAGAGAGCGAGCAGGACGGCGGGCAGCGGAGGCUGGAACUCACCGGGACUUCCAGGCCAACUGACUAAUGCGCUGCUGGAAACUUUUCGGACAGUAAAGAUGCAGAGCGGUGUUUCCCACUCACCACCAGCCACAGCUGUUGGGACGGGGUGAGGAGCGCGGAGCACGACGGAGCGACGGGCGGCUGUAAGGUGGGAGGUUCACACCCGAGGAUUCUGACCAGCAGCGUUUCGUCACCUUUGACCUGCCAGUCGCCUUUUCCAGACACCUUCCAACGCUGAGACUGCGAGGCAGGGGGAGCCGCGCGUGACUUUCAUGGCAGCGGCACUCUAGGGCUGCCAUGGCAGCUGCUGCCGCCGAUGCCUCACACUGUAUCACUGCACUGACGCCGGAGGAAGAGGGACGCCGCGCCGCCGCCAAGCUGUUUGGGAGCGCCGCCCCGCUGCCACGGACGGAGAGAGAGCGAGAGAGGGACGAGGAAGGAGGGAGAGUAGGGAGAGCGAGCGGCAACGAGUGUCUGGUGUGCGGGGCCCUGUUCGUCUCGCAGGAGAAGCUCCGCCUCCACGCUUUGAGUCACGCCGGAGAGAAACCCUUCCACUGCUCACAGCCGCACUGCCCCAAGGCCUUCAGCUCCAAAUACAAACUCUUCAGGCAUAUGGCCACGCACUCUCCACAGAAGACCCACCAGUGUUCGUUUUGUGAGAAAAUGUUCCACCGCAAAGACCACCUGAAGAACCACCUGCAGACCCAUGACCCCAACAAAGAGGCCUUCAAGUGUGAGGAGUGUGGGAAGCACUACAACACCAAGCUGGGAUACAAGCGCCAUGUGGCCAUGCACUCUGCCACGGCGGGGGAUCUCACCUGCAAAGUGUGCAUGCAGAGUUACGAAAGCACGCCCGUUCUCCUGGAGCACCUGAAGAGCCACUCGGGGAAGUCGUCAGGCGGCGCCAAGGAGAAGAAACACCCCUGCGACCACUGCGACCGCCGCUUCUACACGCGGAAGGACGUGAGACGGCACAUGGUGGUCCACACGGGGCGGAAAGACUUCCUGUGCCAAUACUGCGCCCAGCGCUUCGGCAGGAAAGACCACCUGACGCGGCACGUGAAGAAGAGUCACUCGCAGGAGCUGCUGAAGAUAAAGACGGAGCAUCCGGACAUGUUGGGCAUCCUGACGGCCGGAUCGCCGCAGUGUUCCAUCAAGGAGGAACUCAGCCCCAUGAUAUGCGGCAUGGGGCCCAACAAGGAGCCCAUGAUGGGGAAGUCCUUCCCCGGUGGGGCCGCCUUUCCCAUGAGCAUGUAUAACCCCCACCAUCUGCAGACCAUGCCUAAUCCUGGGGUGGGUCCCCCGCACCCCCCACUGAUGCCCAAUUCCCUGUCUGCCGCCAUGGGCAUGGGCUGCCAUAUGGAACCCCCCGUAUCCAUUCAUCCGCACUCCCAUCACCACCACCAUCACCACCACCAUCACCACCACCACCAUUCCCCCCCACACCAGCCCGUGGCUCCCCAGCAGCACCAGCCCCCCCAGCCGGCGCCCAAAUACCAGCUGGGAUCUACCUCAUACCUGCUGGACAAGCCCUUGAAGGUGGAGAUGGAGAGUUUCCUCAUGGACCUGCAGAGCGGCCUGCCUGCCCCGCUUCCCUCUGCAGAGCCCCAUGCUGCUGCCUCCCCCCCCAAGGAUGGACUGGAGCCCUCUUCUGGCCUAGCCGAUGAACUCUGCGGGGAUCCCCUCCUGUCCAAGAGCCCCGCCGUGAUAGCCGAGUCUCUGUGUGCUGCUAACAUGGACUUCUCCCACCUGCUGGGCUUCCUGCCCUUAAACCUCCCUCCUUACAGCGCCCCCAUGAGCACAGGAGGACUGGUUAUGGGCUACACCUCAUCUGUGACCUCCUCCACUUCUUCCUCUUCCAACUCGUCUCUGCACGCCGCCGAGCCCCACGCCGCCGCGGCAGCAGCCGCCGUCGCCGCGGCGCCUCUUACCUCUUUGCAACCUCAACCUCAGGAGCAGCAGAGCUCCAGUGGGGGUCUGGGUCUGGGAUCCCUGCACCCACUUCCACCAGUGUUCAGCUCCAGCCGUAGCACCACCACGCUGCCUCGCUUCCACCAGGCCUUUCAGUGACCCGAACAGCCGAGGCGGGCGCCGCCGCUCCGCUGGGAUCUUUCACUGAUCUAAACGAGGCUUGAACAGAAAAAGAAAAGUCGGGGAAUUAAGCUGAAAAAUAGAUCGGAAAAUGAACACUUGGAAGCCUUAAAUGAAAGUUAGCGCACAAUAGCUUUUGAUUGAGCCUUAAAAGGAAGUGGAACCCCUUUGAACAGGAAAAUUUCAGAAAAGAAGUUGAAGCAGCUUUUAUUUGGGCUUUUUCUCCCUUCUAUAGAUAUAACAACGUAUUAACCCUUGUUUUUUUUUUAUUUGUUUUUUUUAUUUACGUCCCCUUUUUCUCCCCCUUUUUAGUAGAGUAGAGGGCAGGAUCAGUAGGCCUGAAGGCGUGGUACUGCAUACUUAAAGUAAUAAUGGAAAAACAAAAAAAACUACCAUCAUUUUUAGUGGAGAUUAUUUGUCUUGUUGUGACCCAGAAAAAAAUAUAGUUUGAAGUGAAAAUCUUGUUUUCUGUUCUCCCUUUUCCCCCGACGUAAGAACUUUAAAGAACGUGUCGUAUCUUUUACGAGGCGCGAUAAUCCAGAUCGAUUUGGAGAGGAGGGAGCUCAGCGGGGGAACGAAGAGAGACGUCCAUCCGAUGACGUAACCGCCGCCUCCCAAAGCAAAGUGCUCUUCUAAUCAUAGGAGAAAUCACAUCUCCCUCAGAAGUCCCGCCAGUCGGGCUCGUCCGCUUUCCGCUCUUAGAUCUACGGGGCGGGGAACACGAAUGGAACCGUACCACAGCGUUCUGUCGCCGUUUCUCAAGAAAAGCACUUUUUGGUUUAACCGAAGGCACUUCACUUCUCGCCUGCUCCGUUGAACGGAUCCGUACGAAGGCUCCGGAGAUCCCAGAGCCUCCGUGGGAUUCUGUUCAAUCACAAGUUGACACGUUUGCAAAACCGAGUGUAAACUUUAAACCAGGGGAAGGAUUUUUCCUCUCGGCUCUAAGGCCCGUCCGUACUCCGCCACGAUAACUUCUGCCACUUCCCAAUCAGUUGAGAAACUUCUUUGCAGGAUUCCGGGAGCGGAGCGACAAGACGUCCAACUGACGUUCUCUCUGCUUUAACCCCGCCUACUUCGGGUCGCUAACUCAUCCCUCCGUUGUCCCAGACAGCAGUGAAGGGGGAUGACUCAGAAAUAUGGCGUCAGCCUUAAGGACUGGUAAUAAUCCGACAGCAGUGUGUCACAAUUAGCUUGUCGCAGGUAUGACGCAGAUAUUUUUGAUUUAUGCCCAAUAUUGAGGCACGCCACAACGCCAGAGGGCCAAUC